AAGACACACCUAUCAUUAAACAUAAAAUCGAAAUAUAAAUGCCUGUUUUAUAGGCUACUUCUCUAUUUUACACCAAUAUAUUGUUAACAAUGAGUUGUCUUUUGUCACUUGACGCAGAUUCCGCCUGGCCUCUCUGGGACGACAAGGCAGAGGGGGGAUCAUUCGAAAUAGACGGGACACUUGACCAAGCAGUAGUAACCAAAGUUACACGGCCAUGGCUUUUCGGCUACAACCCAGAUAGCAACUAUACCAAUGGCCGUGCCGUACUUAUUCUUGGCGGAGGCGGUUAUACACAACUUAUGGUCGGCCGUGAGGGCAUCGCAGUCGCGCUCUGGCUGAGGGGCCUAGGUUUCGCUGCGUUUGUCCUUGUUCAUAGGUUUCCGAACGCCGAAACAGGGCCACAAGCUCCGCUUGAUGAUGCUAGGGAAUCUUUACGGCGGAUAAAGCUUUCUAACAUAGCGCCGAAGGGUCUCGGGGUGUGUGGUCUGUCAUCAGGUGGCCAUCUCGCAGCCGCACUUCUUUCUGAAUACCCCGCUGCAUGGGGACCGCCCGCCUCGAUACCAAAGAUAGAAUUCGCUAUCAUCGGCUACGGACCUAUAUCGACGAACGCCAAAGGCCGCACUGUUGUACCGGAUAAAGCUCCUCUAGAUCCACCAGCCAAGCAAGCGCUCUAUGAUACUGUCGUACCCGACGAACAGUUGUCGCACCCUGCUCCGCCGACUUUCAUUGUUUACUCAAAUAACGACCCCAUUGUGCCAGUUGUCAACGCAUACCGUCUAGCAGAGGGCAUCAACAAAGCGGGAGGGUCCGUUGAACUUCACGUAUUUUCGGAUGCGCCUCAUGGGUUUGGUUUGGAUACCGAGGGUUUGCCAGUUUCGCGUUGGCCCUCGCUGUGCGAAGCUUGGAUACGACAGCAAAAGCUUCUGAAGAGGGAAAAGGCUAUUCUCAAGGGUCGGCACCCGCUACCCUCGCCACCAUCGCGCCGUGGUCGAUCUUUCGCAGAGCGUGGAUUCAAGCGCCGACAGUUGUCUUCCCCAACACGUCUCGAUGUCUUUUACAAGUCUGAACCCAACCUCGGUCCCAACCUCGGUCCCAACCUCGGUCCCAACAUCGGUCCCAACAUCGGUCCCAACAUCGGUUUCAACAUCGGUCGUCAGCCUACUCCGAUUGAGAGCAAUGAUGCUCGCAGUACCGCUCAUGACACCGCUCUCGAUGAAGAAGAGGUCAGUAUUGAUACUUUCUCAAUGAGACUACGCUCACUACCAGAGGCUUCUCUACCAAUGUGUAUGAUCAAACAAGAUAUGGCUAACACCUCGAAGCAUCCGACCCCGGGUCAGAUCUGUCCAGUUUGCACAAUGGUCUUCAAGAAGAAGGACGCUCUGCGCUAUCACCGAAGAACCAAGCACGGCUACGAGUGUAAGUGGCCAGGAUGUGACGAGAGAAUCUUCGGCCCCAAGCAACUUCUUCGAGAUCAUCUAGUCCAGCACAAUGCCGCGGCUCUUCAGCAGCCAGGAAACACAGCUGUCCGUUGCGCCUGGCACGGCUGCCACAUGGCCCACGACCAGAUCAAUGAUAUUGUGACCCACCUGCGCAAGCAUAAUGAGCAGCUUGUUGCCGAGGCCGAUGCGGCGCGAAUGCGAUUAUUCGACCUUUGA